AUGUUCUGCAUGCCCCGACCUGCGUUCCCCCCUCCUCCCCCUGGCGCAGAGGAUUCAAGAGAGGAAGACGCACGGUGGGUGGGAGACGUGACAGACCGCAUGAACGGAGGAGGCAGCCAUGCCGCCACCACCCCACCCCCAUGCCCGCCUCUCCUAAGCCUCUCCCCCCUCCAUCCUUGUGCGUGCAUGGGGCUGUGUGGCCGCAACACCCCCGUGGCCCUCCCCCCCCGGCGGCUUCUAUGGCCCGCUGUGCCUCUGCCUGCAUGCGCGGGUCAUGCUUCCCAGCCGCACUGGCAGGCCUCUGCUGCCGAAUCCAACGUCCGCACGCCGGACCCGCUCCCUCCCGCCCCGCCAUGCCCACUCCCACCAUACCCCACUCCCCCUCCCCCCAUGCCCAUGCCCAUGUCCAUGCCCAUGCCCGUGCCCGUGCACAUGGGGGCUGUCCUGUGUGUGCUCGUCGGGGUUGUGGGCGAGGUAGGUCCGCGUGUAGCAACGUCCGAGAUGCGCGUGCGCACACUCGAUGCCACUACUCCCUCUAACACACGGGAAUAG